AUGCAGUCCUUCUUACAAUACAAGAGAUUCAAAACUACAGUCGAAGCACAACUAGAAAGAGAUCGCGCAAAAGCACAGGCUUUGCGGACGGGAAGACAACCUCAGGGCAGACGGGAUCCUAACCAUGUCCUUCGCAAUACUGCAGCUGAGAAGGACGACAAUCAAGAACCUGCCGAGGACACUCCAACCGCUGAGGAGCAAGACGACGAUGACGACGGUGACGAUUACGAGCUGGCAGCCCAUCGCACCACUGGCGCCCUUUCCAGGAUCUCAACGCAGCAAAGUGCUGGCGUCCGUCUAGGUCAAGUCCUCACAGGAAUCGAAGUACGAAAACGAAAGACGAUCGAAGGAGGCGACGGACAAGUGUUCGUCGUCGAUUACGAAGGACCAGAUGAUCCCAGCGAUCCUCACAACUGGACUAUGCUCAAGCGAAUUCGAUGUACUUCCAUCGUAGCAUCGAUCGGAUGUGUGGUCGGACUAGCCAGCGCCAUUGACAGUAGCGCUCUUCCCCAAGCAGCGGCAGAGUUUGGAGUGGCUGAAGUGGUCGAGUCAAUGGCUACCGGUCUCUUCUUGAUCGGUUUCGGAUGCGGUGCAUUAUUUGCCGGACCGAUUAGUGAGACUGUAGGACGGAAUCCGGUCUAUAUUGCGACUUUGGCGAUUUAUAUGCUGUUCAUCAUGGGAUGUGGCCUGGCACCAAAUAUCCAGACCCAGCUCACAUUGCGAUUCUUUGCCGGACUUUUCGGCUCCACGCCUUUGACCUGUGCUGGCGGGAGCAUCUCUGAUAUGUGGAACCCUCUGGAGCGCGUCUAUGCAUUCCCAGUCUUUGCGAACGCGGCAUUCACCGGCCCGUUGCUAGGUCCAAUUGUAGGAGGAUACAUUGCACAAUCCGACCGAUUGUCCUGGCGCUGGGUCGAAUGGAUCACGUUGAUAAUUUCAGGUCUAGUACUAGGAUUAGUAGUCCUAUUCCAGCCCGAAACAUACCCUCAGACGCUGCUGAAAUGGAAAGCAGAGCAUCUCCGAGCAAUUACUGGCGACGACAGAUACCGGGCUGCGAUCGAAGUCCGACAGGACUCGUUGGCUUCUCGACUCAGCCGUGCACUUUAUCGU